CCUCGUGUGGGAAAAGGGGUCCAGCCAAGGAAAGCCCUUAUUCACAUGCUAAUUCUGGGCUAUAAAUACAAAGUGCUGAGGAGAGGCAAGAGAGGCAAGGAGCCCAUCAGGAAAGGGAGCAGUUUGCUGCCAAAGAUCUUUCUUUCUUCCUCCCUCCUCAACAUUUAGGAGCAGAGAAGCUGGAUUAUAAUGACGGCCAUGGCUAUGGCCAGCAAUGUGCAGAAACUUUCCAACACCAAAGAGGAAAGGAAGUUAAGAAAACCACUCAUUGAACGAAAGCGAAGGGAAAGGAUUAACAACUGCUUGGAUCAGCUGAAGGAAACAGUUGUUGGAGCAUUUCAUCUGGAUCAGUCUAAACUGGAAAAAGCUGAUAUCCUUGAAAUGACAGUAAAACAUCUCCAGAAUAUCCAAAACAAUAAAAUCAUGGUGGAUUCCAAAAUGGGUUUUGAAGCUCAGCAGAGGUAUAGCACUGGAUAUAUUCAGUGUAUGCAUGAGGUUCACAAUCUUCUCCUGACCUGCGAAUGGAUGGACAAGACACUUGGGGCACGUUUAUUAAACCAUCUGCUGAAAUCCUUACCCAGAUCCAGUGAGGAAACCUGCAAAGCAGCCUUAAGGUCUUCAACACCAGUGCAGCAAUCUCCUGCAGCCCAGAAAUCCCCUGUGGGUGCAAAGGGGAACACUCCCACAUGCAGUCUAUCUCAGGAGCAGUUCUACCCUGCAGAGGACAAACAGGCUUUGAAAAAUUCAGUCCGGGCACCGGCACUCACUCUCUUUAGUCAGCCUGAUGUGUUGCCUCCCAGACAGAUCCUGCAGCCAAAUCUUUCACACAGUAACCCUAGUAUGGGGUCAUCAGACAUGUGGAGACCAUGGUAAAAUAUGUUUAAAAAAUUUCCUUCUGAUCUUAGACAUUCCUAUAUGUAUCUUAUAGAUAUGCCUCUUUAAAACACUUGUGGAGCAAGUCUGUUCCUGUAGGUGUGCUAAAGACCAGGGUACUUCAAGCCGAAGUAAACCUAUAUGUAGCCUGCAUUGUAGAAGGCUGCUAUUAUUUUGUAUUUAUUAAAUACAUCUAAGUUAUUGUAUAGGACCCUCUCUUGGGCUUUUUAGUGUAUAUUAAUUAUAUAACACUCUUGUUUUCUUAUAUUAUUAAAAAAAUUAACACCUUAAUAAAAAGGAACACCAAGCAAUGUCUGUCUUUUGCAUUUUGCUUUCUGAAUAUGCAUC